AUGGAGUCAUCUAUCACAAGCCCGACACACGAUACGUCGUCGGCGGGAUACUGCAUCCCGGACUUUUCUUCUCUCCUCUCCCACCUUACAGACGCAGUUUCGGCAGCAUGGCCCGACCGAUAUGGUGCGCGAUAUAAGCAGGUCAAGGUCUUGUUUAUGAGCUGGGAAAAGGACGAUCUUGGCGUUGAGGCCGAGUUGAGGCCGUUGGAAGCCGUCCUCAGGGGUUUGUAUCAUUACGACACGGAGAUUUGGACAAUACCCUCAAAGCGGCCCGCCCCUGGGUUGUCACGGAAGAUUGCCGAGUUGGUGGACACUUACGGCCAGGAAGGGAACCUCAUCAUACUGUACUAUGGCGGACAUGCGAGACCAAACGAGCAGCCUGGAGGCAGUGCUGUGUGGGUAGCCAACCGCAAUCGAGACUCCCCAACAGUCCAGUCCUCCGUAAUCCACUCGCUUCUCGGCGACCUCGAUUGCGAUGUCCUGUUACUGCACGACUGCUGUCAUGCAGCCCAAGCUGGAGAAGCUUCUAUGGGGAAAGGAGUCGUUGAGACUCUUGCAGCGGGAGACUUUGAGUCGGGAGCGGCGGAAGUGGGAAAGCACUCGUUCACCACCUCCCUAAUUCAGGAGCUUGCACAUGCUGCCCAUACCGCCGAUUGGCUUUCUGUUGUUGAGCUUCAUCGGCGGUUGAUCAACCGGCUGCAGGCUUGGACACCUAACGUAUGUUUCACAGACAACACCUACUCACUCGUACAGGUGGACCGCUACACUGGUCAGCCAAUCUUCGAAAGGUCAAGCCGACGAACGCCGAUUCAUUGUCUUCUGUCGAGGAAACCCAGAACCAUCAUUCUGUCGCCUCUCUCUCCCCAGCACCCCAAGGUGUCUGAGGAGCCUUUUCUGCUCCUGAACCCUCCAGCAUCCCGACCGCAAGGUCUCUCAGAAGGCCCAUUUAUUCUAGUCGCUUGUCGAUUGCGAGACCAGAAUGUUGACGUCGGUAGAUGGAAGGAAUGGCUAUUUAACGCACCUCAACAAGCUCAGGGCAUUCAGAUCCCGGCUAUCUACCCUAGCCUUUCCACCGUGCUGCUUCUCGAGCUACCUUUGGUAGUCUGGGAUCUCCUUCCCGCGUCGCCUGCAAUCUCGUUCGUUGCCUACACCACGGGAAACAACCUCGCCUCGGAGUUCCGUCAACUGCUGAGGCUCGAUUCAGGGGAGUCUCCGGACGUAUCGGACAAUGACACCGAAGAUGAGGAGGGCUCUGGGAUUGCCCUACGUGCUGUGGAUUCCGGUUCCGGCAGACUCAGGGGAGCCCAGGGCCGAAGGAAGACUAAUCGAAAGGGACAGGGCAGUUCGUCCGGCUGGCCAAAGAUUUACGGGUGCGACCGCAUAGGAAUGUAUGCCGCAGAGGACGAGCCGUACUGCUUGCACUUGGCGGAGAUGCAAAAAGGCCAAAACUCUGGUAAAAUGGAGAGGAUUAUUCGAGCCUUUGUUCAAGAUGUCGGCGAGCCAUCAAGGGGUUAUCUUUCCGAUGAAAUCUGGGCUUUCUGCGCUCACGCAAGAUUCGAGGCACUUUCCAGCGGUCAGGAGACUUCACCCGAGUUGGUUGCCAUCAUUGAUGAGAGGUCGCCGCCAUCGUUCCCGCAGCCACGGAUGCACGGGGUACACUUUGUCGGCCGCAGCCAGCUAUACGAAGCAUUGUUGCUUGGAGAAAGAGCUACACCCCAGCUGAUUGAGACGGAGUCAAAGACAGAUCAGUCAUCACCCAGAAGACGCUUGAUUUAUGUGACGAAUCCCGACCCGACAAGCAUCCUGGCGAUCAUGUCCACGGCCUCUGAGAACCAAGCAUUGUCCCUUCGCGAUUUUGUCUACAAACACCUGACACUUCAGUCCGGAAUGGACGUAAAACUCCAUUCAGCCGGGAGUCAGGGAUUCCAACUUUCCUUCCACUUACCAUUUCUCGCAUGGAGACGGACCCGCAGGCCCUACCUUGAUGCUCGGCUAGGCAGAGACGGACGGCCGCUAAGACGUGGCAGAAGUGUCAACCUCUUGAGCGAGCUCAAUGGAAAACGCGAGGCGUGCAUUCACGAGGCCCAAAUCUCGUGCAUGAUCGCAGGCGUGGACAACCGCCACUGGACCGCCUACGGAUUCUUUGACACCUACCAUGACGGAGGCGAGAGCAGGCAUGAUAUCCGGUUCUACCAGCCCACCCAGGGAGAGAUCAUGAUGGAUCCCUUGACCGGGGGGCGGCAUGCCGCCGAUACCCCUAUCUGGACAGCACGAGAGUACUUUCUCCGAGUCAUGGAGUGCUGCGUCCAGGAGGUGAAGGAAGAGUGGCAAAAUACGGGACAGAGUGUUUUGAAUGCUCUCAGGCAUUAUGCUAUGGAUGCAUCGAUUGCCGCUCAGGGUAGUGCCAAACGAACUUCUCACGAAAUCAUUCAGGUUCUGGAACAGCUUAUACAGGCCCUUUCCGGAACAAUCUCCGCUUGGGAGAGAUUCGAGGAGAACGAUAUGGUCUAUUUCGACCUUGGAAGUGACACGUCACCCGCGGGUCCUCACGGCCCAACAAGCAACACGAUGAUGAUGGUCAAGAACAUCAGGAACUCCAUCCUGGAGCUCAAAGAUCUUGAGAGUUCCCUCAAACGGCAAGAAGAAAUGUUGAAAAGUUGCACUUACAGCCUCCUCGCGAUCGACAACAACCGGAACGGAGAGAGGACCAACACCCUUGUUACCAUCGGUCUCACAUUCCUUCCAUUCGCCCUGAUGGCCAUCCUAUCAUAUACGCCGGACAUCCUGGGCUUUCAACUCACCCCCGUUCGAUAUUUGAUGGCCUCAACAGCAGUGGCUUUCCUUGCCGCUGUACUCUUCUUUGUCGUUGUCAACUGGGGCGCCGCGAUAGAAAAAGCAACAGAUAUCUGGAGUCUUCCAGGCUUUUUGCAGAAGUUUCAACUCGGUGCUUUGGAUGUCAGACGCCAUGUGAGGGAUGUCUUGGAAGGAGCCUGGUGGCCUACGGCCGAUCCGAGGUACUCCAGACUCCCCGAGUCGGGAUCCGAGUCGGACUCUGCUGAAGGGUCGCACGCCCUCCCAUUCUAG